AUGACAUCUGUAGAUUUUCAUAAACUAUGCCCUCUGGCUUGUUGCCUUGUCUUAUUCGUACAACUUCUUUCACCGCCAAAUUGUGUUGUUUUUGCUUUUGCUACUUCUACUACUGAAGCAGAAGCACUUCUCAAAUGGAAAGCCACCUUUCAAAACCAUACCCACCUGCAAAAUCUCACCUCGUGGGCUUACCUACCCACUCAUACAAAAGUAGUCCCAUGCUUUUGGACUGGUAUUUCAUGCAAUGCUGUUGGAAGUGUCGAUGUGAUAAACCUUACCAAUUACGGUAUACAAGGUACGCUACAUGAUUUUUCAUUCUUGUCUUUCCCCAAUCUUCAAUACCUCGAUCUCAGCUAUAAUAAUCUCUUUGAUGUCAUUCCAGCUCAGAUCAGUUCCCUCUCCAAACUCAUCUCUCUUGAUCUUUCUAACAAUUGGCUUAAUGGUUCAAUCCCAGCAUCCCUCGGUGAUCUCACAAAUCUUACCAUUCUCUAUAUCCAAAGUAAUAAUCUUUCUGGCACCAUUCCUAAAAAGAUGGGGAAAUUGAAAUCUCUUGUGGUCCUAGAAUUGUCUGAGAAUCAGCUAAGCGGUUCAAUCUCAACAUCCCUUGGUGAUCUCACAAACCUUACAACUCUCUAUCUCAAAAGUAAUAAUCUUUCUGGCACUAUUCCAAAAGAGAUAGGGAAAUUGAAAUCUCUUGUGGACCUAGACUUGUCUGAGAACCAGCUCAGCGGUUCAAUUCCAACAUCCCUCGGUGAUCUCACAAACCUGACCAUUCUAUAUCUCUACAGUAAUAAUCUUUCUGGCACCAUUCCUAAAGAGAUGGGGAAAUUGAAAUCUCUUGUGGACCUCCUUUUGUCUAAGAAUAAGCUCAGCGGUUCAAUCCCAUCAUCCCUAGGUCAGCUCAUAAACCUUAUCACUCUCCAUCUACACCAUAAUAAUUUUUCUGGCACUAUUCCUAAAGAGAUAGGGAAAUUGAAAUCUCUUGUGGACCUAGAAUUGUCUCAUAACCAGCUCAGCGGUUCAAUCCCAACAUCCCUCGGUGAUCUCACAAACCUCAUAGCUCUCUUUCUGGGUGAGAUAAAUAAAUCUCUUCUGGCAGAAUCAGCUUAG